AUGUCAUCUUCAGAAGAGCUCCCUCAUAACCACGACAUCCACGGAACAGAAGAUAGAGCUCCCGUGGUUUCGCAUCCAUCGGAAGACCCGAAACGAAUAGGGUACGGACUUGCGAUGGAUUCGUCACCUCCGAGGAGACACUGUUCAACGAUUCCAUCGAAACGGCCGACGCCAAAUUCGGCUUCGGGCCGUCCAUUUUACGUUUACGGCUGA